AUGGUGAUGCCAAUGUAGCAUGUCGGCUCAGAUGUCUCCACCCCAUCUCACCAAACACCAUGACCAGGGACGCGGUGGCUCCAAUAGUCUAUCUCUGCACCUCCUAAUCCUCGCCAUUAUCAUUGGCAUCAUCGCGUGCGAUUAACCAACUCCCUCCAACCAAUUCCCGUCGAAAUUGCAAGAAAGCACCUCCCACCCGCCCCCCCCCCCCCCUCCCCUCCCUCGCCGUUCAUGGUGGUCCAGCGCAAGCGCGAGUACCUCCGCCGCCUCUAAUGGCGCAGUAUAGGCAGUCCGGCGGCUUCUUCGACUCCCGCGGCGGGACCCACCACCCGCUCCCGGACUACCACCGGGCCCACCCCUCCUCCCGGAUCCGCCGACCCGGGAAGCCCGCGCGCAGGCGCUCGCCGGUCGCGGCGGCCGCCCUCGCCGCCGCGCUACUACUCCUUGCCGGCGUGUUCCUCCUCUCGCGCCGCAUCUCCCGCAACCCCGCAGAGAUCAGCCAAGAUUUGGAGAGCGGGGAGGGGUUGACGGAGUGGAACCAGAGUAAAAGCUGGAAGAAGCUCAAGUUCGGGCACGGCGGAGGUGGCCGGAGCGCGCGGGACUCCAGAUACUGGGAUCGGGACGAUCGGCGCCGCGACGAGGACUACUCGGAGGACGAGAAGGACAAGAUCUCGGGUUCAGGUGGAAGCGCCGCCGAUGCUGGUAGCAGCGCCGAGAAAGGUGUUACCUCCGAGGCUGGUGUUGAGAAAGGAUUGACCUUGGAGACCGGUGUUGGUGACAAGGAGGUUCCAGAGGUGGCUGAGGGUGAGAGAGGUGGGACCUUGUACAAUGAGGGGGGCAGGAAAGAGCUGGAGCAGUAUGAGGCGGUGGCCAUGGGGGCGGCUGGCACAGGGGUGAGGGAGGUUGAUCCAGAUGAUGAGUAUGAUGAUGGCAUCGACACGCAGGAUGAUCUAGAAGAUGCUCAGUUGCGUUCGUCUGAUGGUGGGAGGAAGCUUGGUGAUGGCAGUCAUGAGAGCCCUGUGAAGAAGGAUGAGGUCACCUCGGAGAGACACACAGAAGUGGGUGAAGCGACCCUUGAUGGCCAUGAUACCAGUAGUGGAGACCAAAAGAAGGUUUCAGGGACUGGCGAUAAGAAGCAUGGUUCCAAGAAAAAAUCAAAGCGUAAGAAGGCUGGUUUAACCUGUGAAAUGAAGUUCCUGAACUCCACUGCGCAACUUGUAGAGCCAGCGAAAAAUGAGAAAUUCGCUAGUUUUAAUUUGGAGUAUGUAGAAGUUGAGGAAAGACCUGUUGGGUCAGAAUAUUGGGAGCCAAGAUUUGCUGGCCACCAGAGUCUACAGGAAAGAGAGGAGUCAUACAUUGCCCAUGACCAACAGUUAAAUUGUGCUUUUGUUAAGGGUCCUAAUGGUACAAGCACUGGUUUUGAUAUAUCGGAGGAUGAUCAAAAGUACAUGAGCAAAUGCCACAUUGCUGUUUCUUCUUGCAUCUUUGGAAACUCUGAUCGUCUGAGGUCUCCAUUCGGCAAAACAAUCACUAGUCUCUCAAAGAAGACAGUUUGCUUUGCUAUGUUUUUGGAUGAAGUGACAUUGCAAACUAUAGAAUCUGAAGGCCAAAAAAUGGACAACAUGGGUUUCAUUGGUAUAUGGAAGAUCAUAUUGAUCAAGAAUAUGCCUUAUAAUGACAUGCGGAGAGUGGGGAAAAUACCAAAAUUUUUGGCGCAUCGACUUUUCCCAUCGUCAAGGUUCUCAAUCUGGUUAGACAGCAAAUUGCGACUGCAAACUGAUCCUAUCCUUAUCCUAGAGUAUUUUCUUUGGCGGCAUGGUUAUGAGUAUGCUAUUUCCAAUCACUAUGAUCGGCACUGUGUUUGGGAGGAAGUGGCACAAAACAAAAAGCUGAACAAGUUCAACCAUAGAAUAAUUGAUCAGCAAUUUGAGUUUUACCAAGCAGAUGGACUCACAAGGUUCAAUCCAUCGGAUCCCAACAAGCUGCUACCAAGCUAUGUCCCUGAAGGUUCUUUCAUCGUGAGGGAACACACACCAAUGUCCAACUUAUUCUCUUGCCUGUGGUUCAAUGAGGUUGAUCGCUUCACACCUCGUGACCAGCUCAGCUUUGCAUAUACAUACUUGAAACUUCGAAGAAUGAAUCCCGACAAGCCCUUUCGCCUCAAUAUGUUUAAGGAUUGUGAGAGGCGAUCAAUAGCAAAGCUGUUCCAUCAUAGAUCAGAAGAGAGACGCAGCAGUCCACAGCUAACAAGAUGACAUAUAUUCUUUCCAUGUGACCGGGCAGAAGAAAGAGUGUGUACUUUGAUACAGCUCAGCAAGCCGCAUGACAUAUAUGCCCCUGUCGAGGAGUUUAUACUUAAUAUAUGAUGCAAGUGAUUUUACCCUUGUUACUUUCCGAUCCUGCAGGCCGGUUCCCGCCUUACAUUUUUGCACUUGACAAAGGCGGAUUAGGAGGUGCUAGCUGUUUGAUUUUCUUACGUUCUCGUUGUUCUCCGUAGAGUUCUGUUUAUUUUUUAGGAAAUAUAGUCCAUCGAUGAUCUGGGGAAGUCGUGGCCGGGCAUGGACUUCUCAUGCGCGGUGUAUUAUCAUGCAACUGUAGAACUAUGUGGUGAGACUACGAUAUUCCUGUAAUUCUCAGUGGUCUCACUGAAAUGUACUAUACAACAGCAAACUGCAUUCUGUAAUUUCCUCCAAGAUAGCAAAUUAGUGAUUUUUGGCCUGAUUUUAUGAAAUUUUCAGGCUUCCUCUA